UACUAGUGAGCUUCUCUUUCUCUGUGCAUGUAUUUGUUUUGUUGGUUUGUUUUUUUUAUACAUGGCCUAAUUCUUUGCCCUGCUUUGUAGCAUGGGCUGUCUUGUGGAUGAAGUAAUGUCUGUGGGUGGCCACAAGUUCUUUUUCUGGGGUGGGAGUUUGGGUUUUUAUUUUAUUUUUGGCCACAAUAUCUCUGCGAGGAGGUUCAGAGAGUGUUUGCUGUGGGUGUCAUUCCCGCGGGCUGCUCUUUCGGAGCACAUGGAAGAAUGGGGUGCCUUCUAGGCAGUAGAUCUCCUUCAUGGAAGAAUGGGGUGCUCUUAAGCAGUAGAUCUCCUUGUGUCGCGUGGAGAUUUUGUGGAAUUUGGCAUAGUUCUUGCAGUGGCCUCGCUGUAGCACUAGGACAUCAUCCGAUUCUGCAGGUUGCGCGGCAGGGGGAGGUUCAUGACACUCUUGGUGUUGCGUACAGAGCCUCAGAUCUUGGAGGAUGCAGGACCAUGCAGUGUGAGAGAUGGAUAUUGCCUUGCCUAGGCAGGGCAAGGGCAGAGUCGAUCCUGCCGCCUGGUUAUCGUCGAUGGACGGCAUCUUUAUCUACCGUCGAGCGUGUAGCAGCUGCUGCUGCUGAUGCAGCAGGGUUAACAGGGAGGCUACUGGUAGUUGUCUCCCAUUCCGGGCACUGUGCUCGGCAACUGCGUUUUUGCUCGCAGGAUCUGCUUGAUGUGUACAAGGCGGACAAUAAGUGUAACGGAGGUUGGCGCAGAUCCUGUUCCAGGUUCGGUCCCACAACCUCCGAUUCUCAGGCAGUUGAGGUGACGUCAACGAUGACUGGUUUUGCUGAAGAAUGCAAGAAUUCCAACGUGGAGUUGUCAGCAAAUGGAGAGAGCGCAACGUGCCAUGCAUCGACGAAGCCGAAAAAUCUCGUCAUGAGAGGGAGAAACGAAAAACUUGUGCCUGCCACAGCGGAAAAUGUAUGUGUCGCUGCGAGUGCUCUGGAGCAGGGAGAUGUAAUCGCGGUCCCAACUGACACGUUGUAUGGCUUAGCAGCUGACGCGCAGUCUGCAUCUGCCAUCUUCAAGCUGUAUGAGAUCAAGGGUCGGGAUCUGAAGAAUCCUCUCGCCAUCUGUGUCGGCAAUGUCGCGGAUAUUCCCUUCUACGGGGACACUCGCCAUUUGCCGGAGGGUCUUCUCGUGAAACUUCUUCCCGGGCCUGUAACUCUUAUACUCCCCCGGCAUGCCCUUAGCAGGCUUCAUCCUUCUCUUUGCCCCGGCGUGGCCGGGAUCGGGGUGAGGGUACCGGAUACGGCUUUUAUCCGGGACGUGGCGAGAAGUUUUGGAGGGGCCUUAGCAUUGACAAGUGCGAACGUGAGUGGUGGGCUCAGUCCCGUAAGCGUGAUGGAGUUUGAAUCUCUCUGGCAUCAUUGUACUCAUGUUUUCGAUGCGGGUACCAUUUGUGGAAAUAGCAGCGGUAGCGAGAGGGAGGGGUCCACAGUUGUCGAGCUUGUGGAACUGGGCAGGUACAGAAUCCUUCGUGCCGGGAGCGCCCGGGAUGAGACAGCUGCCAUCCUGAAAGAGUUUGGCUUGCAGGACGCCAAGCAGAAGUAACUCCUCUGGCAGGAUGGGUGUGGGUGGACAGACAGCAGACAGAAAGGAGGAGAGAGAUGAUGAAUCAGUUGUUCAUGGUCUAGGGUUUAG